GUCUUCAAAAUGGUGUUUGUAGGACACCCUUUUGAAUUCUUGGAUUGUAAAUCAGCUAAGGGAAGUGAAAGUUCAAUUCUUGUUGAAACUCAAUAGAAUUUUGGGGAAUCUUAGUAGCUCAGUUUUUUGGCUAAACUUUCACCUUGUUGGUGAAGUUUGAUUCCCUAUGUUGUAAUCCCCUCCAUCAUUUCCCAUUCCCCUACCCCCAUUUUUUUUUAAUGAAGUUCACUUCUAGGACUGUAAAUCAGCUGAGGGGAAUGAAAGUUAAAUUCUUGAGUCAUCAUGUUAUGAGUUAGGCUCCAGUACAGCCAUAUGUGAUGAUUUUUAUUUAAGAAAUAAACUGGGAGAAAAUUCAGCUGAAAUGAGUAGUACUAGGGGCAUAAUGAAGAAGAAGAUACUGGAAGACUUCUUGAAAGAACUUGAUGUGUUUGAAGAGAAGAAAAUUGAGUCAAAGGGAACAAAGUUCCAUAAAGCAAAAGAUUGGAAAAGGACAUUGGGAUGCAAAUUUUAUGAGGAAAGGCACAAUGCUAGUAAUAGCAGUGGUGAAGGAAUGGAUUUGUUAUGGGAAAAGUAUGAACUGGACUCUAUAAAGAAAGAAAACAGAGAUAAUAAAAAGAAUAAGAAGAUGAAGAGCUAUGUAAAAGUAGAACAGAUAAAUGAGCACAUUGAUCAGUUGUGUUGCUUACAGGCACUAAAGUUGUCAGCUAGGAAAAUGAAUUUGGGAAUUGGAAGGUCUAAUUUUGUGAGGAUUUCUAAGGCAAUUAAAGGACUUAAAUGGAUACACCAUGUGAGCAAGAAUAACAAGAAGGUUCAUUGUGGAGAUUGAGAGUUUUGAUAUUACUUUCUAGUUUCUAUGAAUAAAACUAGAAAUUGUUUGUAGUACUUUCUAGUUUUGAAAUUGUUUGUGAAUUCCUUGUAUGUUUAUCCCUUCAUAUGACAAGAACUAAACAUUUUAUCGGUAUGAACUAUGUCUGAAUCUCAACCAAGUUUAGGUUG